AUGUUGAUUUUUGGAACGAAUUACUUUGUAAUAAUACCCUGCCGGUGGGCGUUAGAGCCCCAUCGGUCAUUUAUGAAUGAUAGAUCGGUAUACCCUGAGGGUCACAGGAUAUCGCCGGUGUCCACUCACGAGGUCUAUCCUCGGGAGAAGUGCCUGGGUAUCCAAUCUAUCAUUAAUUCGAGAAGGCAGCAACAACCGCCUGUGACUUUAAUUUUUGUGCCUUAUCUCCGAGUCGCCAGGCUGAGCGUCCUGAAGACUGAACUUCAUGAUCAUGGUCAUGCGAGGCCGGGCCGGUGUCACUAUAAACUAAUGCAAGGCUCGUACGAAAUAGAUGGGAACCGCAUUGAUGUGCACCAAGGAAUAUCGAGCUCUUUCCAUGUGGCUGGUUAA